AUGAAUAAAGUACUCACCAAAAACAAGGCCGAGGCUUCGGCUACAUCAAGUGGUCUUGUUCCUCUCAAGACCACAUUGGAAACGAGAGCUCGAUAUUCAUUGCUCAGUGUUUACAUCACAAGCGUUCCAGCGAAAAAAGCUAGUGGUGUUCUUAAUUUAACAAGGAGACUCUUUCCUGAAGAUGGUGGCUAUGAUCUACAGCACAUCAGAAGAUUUGCGAAACAAACGGACGUUCCAGGUCACGUUCUCACUUCAAUGCUAGAAGCAAGAGCAGAAAGCGAUGACCCAGUCGACAUUGAAUCUCCCGAGCUUUUCCUUCUUGUGGGAGCUGCAAAUCUCAUCAGCUCGGAAGAAUUACGCGGUGCCCUUUCUCCAAUUUUAGAUCCAGCAACCAUUUGUUCCAUCAAAGUACCUUUGUUAGCCCCGACAUCGCAAGAACAAGCGAAGUCUUGGUCGUUUCAAUACUGGCCCAUAGUAUACAAGAAAAGUAAUCCGUUUGGUCCCCAUCCAGCAAUUGUAUCUAGAGCAGAAGAAGACCUACAAGGAGAAGUCGAGAAGUAUAUGGACUUAGCUGCUGAAGUAGCUCGUUCUUCAAGCACGACAGGUGUUGGAGAGCAAAUCGGUGCCGUAGUUGUCGAAAGAAAGAACGGAGCUGCACGCAUACUUGCGGUUGCUGGUGACGCGCGAUGGAUGAAAUGGCCACGGGUUGGGUCUGGUAAUGUUACAGCGCAUGCAGCGCUUCGAGUUAUUGCGAUGGUAGCAGAUGGAAUAAAAGUUCAAGAAGAACGUAAAGCUGGCAAAGACUCAGAAGCGAAGAAUACUUCAGAACAAAAAUCAAUUUUCCGUGAUCAAUCAUUGGAUACCCUGGAGGCAAAGCACCACAACUCAGCUGAAUGGAUCGACGGAUAUCUUUGUCAUGAGUUGGAGCUUUACAUGACACAUGAGCCGUGUGUUAUGUGCUCCAUGGCUAUCGUACAUUCUCGCUUUGGACGAGUAAUAUUCGGACAACGUAUGCCAAAGACUGGUGGUCUUUGUGCAGACAGCGAACUCGGCCACGGACUGUUCUGGCGUAAGGAAUUGAACUGGUCGUUGCUAGCCUGGCAGUGGAUGUCUGACAAAGAAGAUACCGAAACAUCAAAAGAAUCACAAAGCCUAGUGUCUCACCUUGGUAUACACGCCUGA